UUUUGCUUAAAUGACAAGAGGAUAAUAAACUAUACUCCAUGCUGUUUGGGACUCCUGAUUAUAAACAGUGUGUCGUCCUUCUCCCUUUAUAGUGGCAUGCAGUCCUUUAAUAAUGGAACAAAACGCUCCACGUAGGUUGAUAGACAACUAAAUCGGUGCUGUUUAAGUAAACGACACACAUGUUAAAGACCUUUCAAGACGGCACGUAGUUCUAUUACAAUGAAGUGUAGUAACAAGCAAACAUUAUUUUUCAUGUCAACACAAACUAGCAAUUAAAUAGCCUCUGUUAUUGUUUUGUUCUUGUUCUAUAAAACUGCUUUUUAAUAUGAAACCCACCAAUAUAAAACGGCGUAGUGUCUUCCUGGACCCAAGUCUUUCAAUUUUCACCUAAUAUAAUUACCUCCGUAUUUAUUUUAAUGCCUCUUGCAUAUAUAUACUGAAUAAUUUUAGCUCUUGUUCAUAGUGAAAUGAUCUACUUUACUUAACCUUUUGUUAAGACAAGAAAAUAAUAAUGUCUAUUGUAUGUACAAUUUUCUUGUUUCUCUUAACCGCUUCUACCGCGUUUGCGUCUGCGUUUCCUAAACCGGCACCCGUAACGCACUGGUCAACAUCAGAGACAUCAAACGCAACAACAGCUUCUUGCUCAGCGACUGGGAAUCCAAUCGAUGACUGCUGGAGAUGCGACAAGAAGUGGAAAUCCAACCGCAAGAGCCUCGCGGACUGCGCGGUUGGAUUCGGACGCGACUCGGUAGGCGGUAGAGCAGGGGAGUUCUACACCGUAACAGAUUCAGGAGACGAGGAUCCUCUAAACCCAUCUCCAGGUACAUUACGUUACGCCGCAACACAAGACCAACCUCUAUGGAUCAUAUUCGAUAGAGACAUGGUAAUAACACUAAAAGAAGAUAUUCAAGUGACUUCAUACAAAACCAUAGACGGUAGAGGAAAUAACGUGCAGAUAGCUUAUGGACCGUGUUUAGCUUUGUAUCAAGUAAGUAACGUUAUCAUACACAAUAUUUACAUUCACCAUUGUGUUCCGGCGAAACGGUCGUUGGGAGGCUAUUCUGAUGGAGAUGGGAUCUCGAUAUUCGAGUCACGAGAUGUUUGGAUUGAUCAUUGUACGUUAGAGAAGUGUCACGAUGGGCUUAUUGAUGCGGUGGGUGGGUCAACGGAUAUAACGAUAUCGAAUAACUACAUGUUGAAUCAUAACGAAGUCAUGCUUUUAGGUCAUAGUGAUGAGUUUGUCGGUGAUCGUGAUAUGAGGGUUUCGAUCGCGUUUAAUUAUUUUGGUGAAGGACUUGUCCAGCGAAUGCCUAGGUGCAGGCAUGGAUUUUUUCACAUUGUGAAUAAUAUUUAUAGAGAGUGGGAGAUGUAUGCAAUUGGUGGAAGUGCUAAUCCAACCAUUUUUAGUCAAGGAAAUGUUUUCAUAGCUUCGGAUAAUCAAUUCACAAAGGAGGUUACAAAGCGAGAGAGUGUAGAUGGAGACGAUGAAUGGAAGGAAUGGAAUUGGAAAUCAGAAGGAGAUGAAAUGCUAAACGGUGCUUUCUUUACACCAUCAGGGAACGAGGAUUCUCCUAGCUAUACAAAAAUGUCGAGUAUGGUAGCUCGGCCAGCUUCACUUCUUAAGACUACACAUCCAUCAGUAGGUGUUCUUAGUUGCCAAAUUGACCAACCUUGUUAGAACACAUUCAUCAGCUUGUAACCAAAUAUUGUAUUGUCCUCUUAUUCUUGUUGUGGUUAUUAUUAGAGCAUUAUAGGAUUUGUAUUGAAUAUGUGAUGAUCAUAGAGGCAGAGCCAAACAAAACAAUUGCAUAGCUCAUUGUCAAGUUCACCAGAAUGUUUCAAUUAAAAGUCACUGAGAUUUCACCUUA